UAAUUUAGUGGAGAACGUUUUUUCAGUAAACGCAUAUUAUUUUUUUGACUGUUUCGUAAACGAUAUUCUAACGCGUGCAUACGCUGAUACGGUUGUGGAGCAGUUUUACUUACAGAAAGUACUGCCAAAGAAGCUGAACUAAGAUACGAUGACAGGUUAUAGCGCAAAUAGCGUCUCGAUUAUUGACCACGGCACAGACGUCGAAACGGAGACAUCAUUUUUGGUAGUACCAGAACAGCGUCCAAAGCAUUGCACUUAUGGUUGGCCAAAGUCUUUUAAAUUAACUACAAGUUUUGGUUAUAGUUUCUGGUAAAUCUGUCAGAAUUCUCCCAAAAUCAGCUGACUUACAUGAAAUUCUGUAAAUUCCUGUCAGAAAAACGCCCAUUUGGGCAAAAGAAGACGUGAUAAUACCACCAAGAACAGGGGGUUUUGAUGAAGUUACGUCACGUGGUGUAAAUUCAGGUGAAGUAUACAGUAUACGUCUCUGGAGGCCUACGUUCCGUGCCGUUAACUGAAUACCUCGUAGACGAAUGUUUUAUCAACGGACAGAACCGGAUGUCUUUCAGUCACGAAUUUGUUAUAUCAAGAACUUAAGUAAAACUAUAAAAUGACGACGUACGUUCAAAAGAAAUUGCGAAUGUUCAUGAAACGCCCGGAAUGGAUGAGGCCGGAACGACGUCGGUCCGAGAGCCGUUUAAAAACGUAUCCUUCCUCUACGGACGUUAGAAAUUGGUGCGACUUGGUGGAAGAUCGUAGGCAACACAUUUUAGAGCUGAUCACUAGAGGAUAUGGCGAAAAGUGUAAUCCAAAAUUAGUACCUUUAGAUAAACUCAUAGAAAUGCUUCUGGCAAUGGCGAACGCUGACUUGUUGACUAUGAAGCAAGACUUAGACGAACUUAGGGCGUUCGUUGAUGGGCUCAAUCUACCGGAGAGCGAAAUGAAAAAACUUAAAGCUUUUGGAGUGGAAGGAAUGCGCAGUGAGCCUAGUGGAGAUGAAUGCGAUGAAAAAUGUGCCGGCCGUGCGCGUCGUCGGCAAGAAGAGCAAGAAAUAGGUGAUGUAAUUAAACCGACUAUACGAGCCAGAAUGCAAUCUCCUGGUCGAAUGGUUACAAAAAUUAAGGGUCUGCCACCGGGAUUCGAAGUGAUAGAAAGACCGUCUGAUCCGGGGCGCAUGACUAUCAAAAUGCCAAAGAAAUCAGUGGAAAAGAUGGCAGAGGGUGUUCAAGUUAGGCUAGAAGAUAGUGGUGGAGAUAAAGCAGCUGCUAUCGAAGCACUUUGUAAGGAACAACAUAACAAAAUCAGCGAGCUGACUGAAGAACGUGAUCAUUUGAAAACGAAGCUGAGCGCGUGUUUGAGGGAGCUGGAUAAUUUCAAGAAAUUACAAAACGUAGCAAAUCCAGCCCUACCGGCUUCUUGUCAGGAAGAAAUCGAAGCCUUAGAAGCGGAAAUAAGAAUAAUGCGAAGCGGUAACCCAUCGCCCGAAGAAGAAGCCGAAAUAAUCAGAAAAGAAAUCGAAAUCUUGAAGAGAUACUGCAACAAACUCAAAGACGUUGAAGAUGAAAACGAAAAACUAAAAGGCGAACUGCUGGCCAGUCCUAUGGCCACUAAAAAACCUAGCGAAGUGCAAGUGGAAAACGAAAAAAUAAGGGAAAAACUGAAAAAUGUAGAUGAUUUAACGAAAGAAAAGGACAUGUUGGCCAAUAAAGUUCACAUGUUGGAGAAGCGAUUGCUGCAAUACGAAGAUUUACCUGACGAUUUGGAAAUGAUGAAAAAUCGAUCAGACAUGUUGGAAGCUGUGAUGGAAGAAAGAGAUGAAUUGAAUCAGAAAAUUGCCGCGAUGAAAGCAAUGGAGGAGGAAUUGAAUAUACUUAGAGCUAAAGCUGACAGGGUCGACGAACUGGAACGAGAAUUGAAAAUGAUGAGUAAAGAAGAUCGUUCUAAAGUUGUUCAAUAUAAGAAGUCACAGUCAAUAACCGGUAAUUUAGAAGUGGAAUUGCGAAACGUAAAAUCCGAAAGAGAUGCUAUGCAAAGCAGGAUAAAUCUCAUGAAAAAGCAGUUAGAUGAGCAAAAAGCAAAAAUCAAGGAAGGUGAUUUCGUGAGAGUAGAACGAGACAGGUUGCAGAUAAAAUUGAAUGAAUUAGCUGAUAUUCAGGAUGAAUACGAUUCAAUGACGAACAAGAUGAGAGUCUACGACAACGUCGAAGCCGAACGAGACAUGUACAAACAAAAAUACGAAGAGGUUUUGGACAUGGAGUGCAAAUGCGAAAUGCUGAAAGCUCAAAUCGACGAAGCCAGGACCGUGGGCAGAGAAAAGGAGCACUUACAAAAACAAGUUGAAGAUUUGCAGGCUUGCAUAUGUGAUCAGGAGGACGAAAUUAAAGAAUUGGUGACGCAAGUUGAUAAUUUGGCCAGAUUGAAGAAUAAUUCAAAUAAUCAAAUAAACACCUACAAAGAAGAAGUGGCAAUGAAACAACGUCAACUAGUCCAAUCCAAAGACCAACUGGCACAAUCCCAAACUCUCUCGGCCAGAAUCAGAGAUUUAGAAAAGCUGUUGCACAAAGCCGAACACAUGCUCUUACAAAAAGACUGUCACAUUAAAUGCUUGGAAAACCAACUGACUUGCACCGGCAAGAAACCGAACCAACUCGACAUGGACUUGAUGGAGCAAAUGCGAAAAGAGCUGGAAACUGCCAGGGCGGAAAAUCAACGGCUGCAAGAAAUUGCCAAUGCAAUGAUGACGGCCAGCGGGGACGAGCAUGUAAAAAAAAUGCUCAAACAAUCGGAAUGUGCUGUGAAAAGAGUAGUGGAAGAAUUGGGCAAGCAAUACAAGGAUUGGGAUCAUUUGAAAAUUCGGAAUCCUAAAGGGAAAUUUGCUGAGAAAAAGGAGUGUUCUUGUUAUAGUUCAGCAGGUGAAACUUCUAGUGGUGACGACUGUGAAAAGCUCAGAGUGGAGCUGGAAGAGCUUCAAAAAGAAAAACUGAAAUUGGAAUUCACUGUGAAACAGUUGCAAAGCGAGGGAGGAAAUAAAACUUCUCCGACGCCGAUUAACAGUUUAGAAUGUGCGUGUCCGUAGAAUUUAAUAGGAGCAUUGUCAAAAGAUAGGUUAAGAUGUAGAGUCUAGAACAGAC